AUGGCACCUAGACAGUCCAAGACAGCUAAGAGAAAGAACACUCAGAACAAGACGAGGGAAAAUGAAUCAGAUAUUGUUUCCGACUCCGCAGCAAGAAAUCUUCUUGCGGACCAACCAAAAUUAACUCCAAAGUCAAAAGUCAAAAAGCUAUCUAAAUUACAAGUCAAAAAACAACAGGCUAAAAUAAGGCUAUAUGGUGCAAAGAAUGGUAAAGAAUACAAGGAAGAACAGUUGGACAUACCAACUUUGAAUCGGGCGAUUGUACCAGGAGUCAAAGUCAAGAAAGGCAAAAAGGGAAAGAAAUUUGUUGAUGAUCAUGAUAAAUUGACCUUAACUAGAUUAGUCAAGAGUAUAAAUGACAAACAUGACCAGGUUAAUGAAAGUAAAUUGGAAAAGUCCAAGAGAUUGGAAGAAAUACGAGAAUUAAAGAGACAAGAGAUCGAAAGAAAGGAACAACAAAAGAGGGACAAAUUGGAUGGAAAGAAAGAUGAAUUGAGAAAUAAAGCUUCAGUCGCUAGAUCAACUAGGAGAAAGAAUGCAAAAGCUAGAAAGGAAGAGGAGGAAGCUCAAGAGUCAACACCAAAGAGGAAAAAAGUUAGUUUCGCAUGA